UUUCUCUUUCUUCGUCAUGGUGUGUGUGCAGACGGCGAGGGGAGCGGCAGCCGCGGGGGUGGAGGCGGGGAGCAGCGCGGAGGCGCGUCCCGGCUCGAGCGGCUCAGCCCGGCGACGGCGGCGGCGGAAGGCGGGACGGCCGAGGACAGCUCCUCGCUGCGGUGCGCCUUCCAGCCGACUGCGCCGCGCCUCGCCGGGCGGCCGCUCGGGCCGGGAGCCUGACGUCUCUGCUCGCAGCAGCCAAUCCCCGCGCCGCUCGGCCCGCGCCGCUCGGCCCGCGCCGCCGCCACAGCCGCCGCCGCCUCCCGCCCGGGCCCGGCGCAGCCCGAUACGCCGAGGACGCCCCGCCCCCGGCCCCGCCCUGCGGCUCCCGGCCGGCUUGGGGACGACCGGGCUCCUUCUGCCUUGGUCAGAGGAAGCAGAGACUACGCGCAGCAACUUUAAAGGUCCCGAAGGCUUAGUAAGAAGGGAGUUUAUAAUAACAAGCAAAACGUCGGCGUCCCUGACCGUCAGGUUUCUCAGGAGAAGGACUCUGUAGCGAUGCGCGGGCAGCCGGGGCCCGGUGUCCCUUCAGCUCCCGGACGAGGAAAGCACAGAAACGACUCGGGUCUGCUUUCGUCGCCUUACCAGCGGAGGGGCCUUCAGCACCCUCUCCCCGAGCUGCCUCCCAGGCCGUCUGCAGGCGUUCUCCUUUGGGCUCUGACGUGACGAAAGCCGGCUGUAGUCUCUCUGAGGACUCUUAAUCCACAGGAAAUCAAUUUUUCGUUUAGGACUGACGCCUAAGUAAUGCUCCGGGCUGUUCAUCUUUCCCACUGUGGCGGAUGCUCACCUUGGUCGGAGCUCCUCGGGUGCAGUCGACGAUUUCCUACACGAGGUGGAGCUGAAGAGCACAGUGCUCUAUGGCUAUUACGAGGGGACGAAAAGACUUAACAGGAGCUGGGGCAAAAGGUGCGAUUUUAGAGAAAAGAAAUGGAGCACUGCCUCUGUUUUGUUAGAAAAUAAAAAAAUUAUGAACGAAGAAA